ACCAGCCUCCUCAUCUUUUUGGUCUAUGUGGCAAAGUGGUCCUACUCCAAUAAUUUGGGAGAGAUACAGCGAUGUAGCUUGGAUCAGAAGCCCAUCUUAGGACAGUUCUGCACAGAGGAUGUGGAUGAAUGCCUGCUGCAGCCCAAUGCCUGUCAGAAUGGGGGCACCUGUGCCAACCGCAAUGGAGGCUAUGGCUGUGUGUGUGUCAACGGCUGGAGUGGAGAUGACUGCAGUGAGAACAUUGAUGAUUGUGCCUUCGCCUCCUGUACUCCAGGCUCCACCUGCAUCGACCGUGUGGCCUCCUUCUCUUGCAUGUGCCCAGAGGGGAAGGCAGGUCUCCUGUGUCAUCUGGAUGAUGCCUGCAUCAGCAAUCCUUGCCACAAGGGGGCACUGUGUGACACCAACCCCCUAAAUGGGCAGUAUAUUUGCACCUGCCCACAAGGCUACAAAGGGGCUGACUGCACAGAAGAUGUGGAUGAGUGUGCCAUGGCCAAUAGCAAUCCUUGUGAGCAUGCAGGAAAAUGUGUGAACACAGAUGGCGCCUUCCACUGUGAGUGUCUGAAAGGUUAUGCAGGACCUCGUUGUGAGAUGGACAUCAAUGAGUGCCAUUCAGAUCCCUGCCAGAAUGAUGCUACCUGUCUGGAUAAGAUUGGAGGCUUCACAUGUCUGUGCAUGCCAGGUUUCAAAGGUGUGCAUUGUGAAUUAGAAAUAAAUGAAUGUCAGAGCAACCCUUGUGUGAACAAUGGGCAGUGUGUGGAUAAAGUCAAUCGUUUCCAGUGCCUGUGUCCUCCUGGUUUUACUGGGCCAGUUUGCCAGAUUGAUAUUGAUGAUUGUUCCAGUACUCCGUGUCUGAAUGGGGCAAAGUGUAUCGAUCACCCAAAUGGCUAUGAAUGCCAGUGUGCCACAGGUUUCACUGGUGUGUUGUGUGAGGAGAACAUUGACAACUGUGACCCCGAUCCUUGCCACCAUGGUCAGUGUCAGGAUGGUAUUGAUUCCUACACCUGCAUCUGCAAUCCUGGGUACAUGGGCGCCAUCUGCAGUGACCAGAUUGAUGAAUGUUAUAGCAGCCCUUGCCUGAACGAUGGUCGCUGCAUCGACCUGGUCAAUGGCUACCAGUGCAACUGCCAGCCGGGCACAUCAGGGGUUAAUUGUGAAAUUAAUUUUGAUGACUGUGCAAGUAACCCUUGUAUCCAUGGAAUCUGUAUGGAUGGCAUUAAUCGCUACAGUUGUGUCUGCUCACCAGGAUUCACAGGGCAGAGAUGUAACAUUGACAUCGAUGAGUGUGCCUCCAAUCCCUGUCGCAAGGGUGCAACAUGUAUCAACGGUGUGAAUGGUUUCCGCUGUAUAUGCCCUGAGGGGCCCCAUCACCCCAGCUGCUACUCACAGGUGAACGAAUGCCUGAGUAAUCCCUGCAUCCAUGGAAACUGUACUGGAGGUCUCAGUGGAUAUAAGUGCCUCUGUGAUGCAGGCUGGGUUGGCAUCAACUGUGAAGUGGACAAAAAUGAAUGCCUUUCUAAUCCAUGCCAGAAUGGAGGAACUUGUGACAAUCUGGUGAAUGGAUACAGGUGUACUUGCAAGAAGGGCUUUAAAGGCUAUAACUGCCAGGUGAAUAUUGAUGAAUGUGCCUCAAAUCCAUGCUUGAACCAAGGAACCUGCUUUGAUGACAUAAGUGGCUACACUUGCCACUGUGUGCUGCCAUACACAGGCAAGAACUGUCAGACAGUAUUGGCUCCCUGUUCCCCAAACCCUUGUGAGAAUGCUGCUGUUUGCAAAGAGUCACCAAAUUUUGAGAGUUACACCUGCUUGUGUGCUCCUGGCUGGCAAGGUCAGAGGUGUACCAUUGACAUUGACGAGUGUAUCUCCAAGCCCUGCAUGAACCAUGGUCUCUGCCAUAACACCCAGGGCAGCUACAUGUGUGAAUGUCCACCAGGCUUCAGUGGUAUGGACUGUGAGGAGGACAUCGAUGACUGUCUUGCCAAUCCUUGCCAGAAUGGAGGUUCCUGUGUGGAUGGAGUGAAUACUUUCUCCUGCCUCUGCCUUCCGGGUUUCACUGGGGAUAAGUGCCAGACAGACAUGAAUGAGUGUCUAAGUGAACCCUGUAAGAAUGGAGGGACCUGCUCUGACUACGUCAACAGUUACACUUGCAAGUGCCAGGCAGGAUUUGAUGGAGUCCAUUGUGAGAACAACAUCGAUGAGUGCACUGAGAGCUCUUGUUUCAAUGGUGGCACAUGUGUUGAUGGGAUUAACUCCUUCUCUUGCUUGUGCCCUGUGGGUUUCACUGGACUCUUCUGCCUCCAUGAGAUCAAUGAAUGCAGCUCUCAUCCAUGCCUGAAUGAGGGAACGUGUGUUGAUGGCCUGGGUACCUACCACUGUAGCUGCCCCCUGGGCUACACUGGGAAAAACUGUCAGACCCUGGUGAACCUCUGCAGUCGGUCUCCAUGUAAAAACAAAGGUACUUGCAUUCAGGAUAAAGCAGAGUCCCGGUGCCGAUGUCCAUCUGGAUGGGCUGGUGCUUAUUGUGACGUGCCCAAUGUCUCUUGUGACAUAGCAGCCUCCAGGAGAGGUGUGCUUGUUGAACACUUGUGCCAGCACUCAGGUGUCUGCAUCAAUGCUGGCAACACACAUUACUGUCAGUGCCCCCUGGGCUAUACUGGGAGCUACUGUGAGGAACAGCUCGAUGAGUGUGCGUCCAACCCCUGCCAGCACGGGGCAACGUGCAGUGACUUCAUUGGUGGAUACAGAUGCGAGUGUGUCCCAGGCUAUCAGGGUGUCAACUGUGAGUAUGAAGUGGAUGAGUGCCAGAAUCAGCCCUGCCAGAAUGGAGGCACCUGUAUUGACCUUGUGAACCAUUUCAAGUGCUCCUGCCCACCAGGCACUCGGGGCCUACUCUGUGAAGAAAACAUUGAUGACUGUGCCAGGGGUCCACAUUGCCUUAAUGGUGGUCAGUGCGUGGAUAGGAUUGGAGGCUACAGUUGUCGCUGCUUGCCUGGCUUUGCUGGGGAGCGAUGUGAGGGAGAUAUCAACGAGUGCCUCUCCAACCCCUGCAGCUCUGAGGGCAGCCUGGACUGUAUACAGCUCACCAAUGACUACCUGUGUGUUUGCCGUAGUGCCUUUACUGGCCGGCACUGUGAAACCUUCGUUGAUGUGUGUCCCCAGAUGCCCUGCCUGAAUGGAGGGACUUGUGCUGUGGCCAGUAACAUGCCUGAUGGUUUCAUUUGCCGUUGUCCCCCGGGAUUUUCCGGGGCAAGGUGCCAGAGCAGCUGUGGACAAGUGAAAUGUAGGAAAGGAGAGCAGUGUGUGCACACCGCCUCUGGACCCCGCUGCUUUUGCCCCAACCCCCGGGACUGUGAGUCAGGCUGUGCCAGUAGCCCCUGCCAGCACGGGGGCAGCUGCCACCCUCAGCGCCAGCCUCCUUAUUACUCCUGCCAGUGUGCCCCACCAUUCUGGGGUAGCCGCUGUGAACUCUACACGGCACCCCCCAGCACCCCUCCUGCCACCUGUUUGAGCCAAUAUUGUGCCGACAAAGCUCGUGAUGGCGUCUGUGAUGAGGCCUGCAACAGCCAUGCCUGCCAGUGGGAUGGGGGUGACUGUUCUCUCACCAUGGAGAACCCCUGGGCCAACUGCUCCUCCCCACUUCCCUGCUGGGAUUAUAUCAACAACCAGUGUGAUGAGCUGUGCAACACGGCCGAGUGCCUGUUUGACAACUUUGAAUGCCAGGGGAACAGCAAGACAUGCAAGUAUGACAAAUACUGUGCAGACCACUUCAAAGACAACCACUGUGACCAGGGGUGCAACAGUGAGGAGUGUGGUUGGGAUGGGCUGGACUGUGCUGCUGACCAGCCUGAGAACCUGGCAGAGGGUACCCUGGUUAUUGUGGUAUUGAUGCCACCUGAACAGCUGCUCCAGGAUGCUCGCAGCUUCUUGCGGGCACUGGGGACCCUGCUCCACACCAACCUGCGCAUUAAGCGGGACUCCCAGGGGGAGCUCAUGGUGUACCCCUAUUAUGGUGAGAAGUCAGCUGCCAUGAAGAAACAGAGGAUGACACGCAGGUCCAUUCCUGGUGAACAAGAGCAGGAGGUGGCUGGCUCUAAAGUCUUUCUGGAAAUUGACAACCGCCAGUGUGUUCAAGACUCAGACCACUGUUUCAAGAACACAGAUGCAGCAGCAGCUCUCCUGGCCUCUCACGCCAUACAGGGGACCCUGUCAUACCCUCUCGUGUCUGUCGUCAGUGAAUCCCUGACUCCAGAACGUACUCAGCUCCUCUAUCUCCUUGCUGUUGCUGUUGUCAUCAUUCUGUUUAUUAUUCUGCUGGGGGUAAUCAUGGCAAAACGAAAGCGUAAGCAUGGCUCUCUCUGGCUGCCUGAAGGUUUCACUCUUCGCCGAGAUGCAAGCAAUCACAAGCGUCGUGAGCCAGUGGGACAGGAUGCUGUGGGGCUGAAAAAUCUCUCAGUGCAAGUCUCAGAAGCUAACCUAAUUGGUUCUGGAACAAGUGAACACUGGGUCGAUGAUGAAGGGCCCCAACCAAAGAAAGUGAAGGUGAGGUGAUCAUGGUAGAACCACCAUUCUGGUAGAGCAUGAUGGUUAAGAAGACCAUCGCUGGCCCUCACCCCUCCUCAGGCAGAGCAGGAGGUGGAUGUGUUGGAUGUGAAUGUCCGGGGCCCAGAUGGCUGCACCCCAUUAAUGUUGGCUUCUCUCCGAGGAGGCAGCUCAGAUUUGAGUGAUGAAGAUGAAGAUGCAGAGGACUCUUCCGCUAACAUCAUCACAGACUUGGUCUACCAAGGUGCCAGCCUCCAGGCCCAGACGGACCGGACUGGUGAGAUGGCCCUGCACCUUGCAGCCCGCUACUCACGGGCUGAUGCUGCCAAGCGUCUCCUGGAUGCAGGUGCAGAUGCCAAUGCCCAGGACAACAUGGGCCGCUGCCCCCUCCAUGCUGCAGUGGCAGCUGAUGCCCAAGGUGUCUUCCAGAUUCUGAUUCGUAACCGAGUAACUGAUCUAGAUGCCAGGAUGAAUGAUGGUACUACACCCCUGAUCCUGGCUGCCCGCCUGGCUGUGGAGGGAAUGGUGGCAGAACUGAUCAACUGCCAAGCAGAUGUGAAUGCAGUGGAUGACCAUGGAAAAUCUGCCCUUCACUGGGCAGCUGCUGUCAAUAAUGUGGAGGCGACUCUUUUGCUGUUGAAAAAUGGGGCUAACCGAGACAUGCAGGACAACAAGGAAGAGACACCGCUGUUUCUUGCUGCCCGGGAGGGGAGCUAUGAAGCAGCCAAGAUCCUGUUAGACCAUUUUGCCAAUCGAGACAUCACAGACCAUAUGGAUCGUCUUCCCCGGGAUGUGGCUCGGGAUCGCAUGCACCAUGACAUUGUGCGCCUCCUGGAUGAAUACAAUGUGACCCCCAGCCCUCCAGGCACCGUGUUGACUUCUGCUCUCUCACCUGUCAUCUGUGGGCCCAACAGAUCUUUCCUCAGCCUGAAGCACACACCAAUGGGCAAGAAGUCUAGACGGCCCAGUGCCAAGAGUACCAUGCCCACUAGCCUCCCUAACCUUGCCAAGGAGGCGAAGGAUGCCAAGGGUAGUAGGAGGAAGAAGUCUCUGAGUGAGAAGGUCCAACUGUCUGAGAGUUCAGUAACUUUAUCUCCUGUUGAUUCCCUAGAAUCUCCUCACACAUACGUUUCUGAUACCACAUCCUCUCCAAUGAUUACAUCCCCUGGGAUCUUACAGGCCUCACCCAACCCUAUGUUGGCCACUGCCGCCCCUCCUGCCUCAGUCCAUGCCCAGCAUGCACUGUCUUUUUCUAACCUUCAUGAAAUGCAACCUUUGGCUCAUGGGGCCAGCACUGUGCUUCCCUCAGUGAGCCAGUUGCUAUCCCACCACCACAUUGUGCCCCCAGGCAGUGGCAGUGCAGGAAGCUUGAGUAGGCUCCAUCCAGUCCCAGUCCCAGCAGACUGGAUGAACCGCAUGGAGGUGAAUGAAACCCAGUACAAUGAGAUGUUUGGUAUGGUCCUGGCUCCAGCUGAGGGCACCCACCCUAGCAUAGCUCCCCAGAGCAGGCCACCUGAAGGGAAGCACAUAACCACCCCUCGGGAGCCCUUGCCCCCCAUUGUGACUUUCCAGCUUAUCCCUAAAGGCAGUAUUGCCCAACCAGCGGGGGCUCCCCAGCCUCAGUCCACCUGCCCUCCAGCUGUUACGGGCCCCCUGCCCACCAUGUACCAGAUUCCAGAAAUGGCCCGUUUGCCCAGUGUGGCUUUCCCCACUGCCAUGAUGCCCCAACAGGACGGGCAGGUAGCUCAGACCAUUCUCCCAGCCUAUCAUCCUUUCCCAGCCUCUGUGGGCAAGUACCCCACACCCCCUUCACAGCACAGUUAUGCUUCCUCAAAUGCUGCUGAGCGAACACCCAGUCACAGUGGUCACCUCCAGGGUGAGCAUCCCUACCUGACACCAUCCCCAGAGUCUCCUGACCAGUGGUCAAGUUCAUCACCCCACUCUGCUUCUGACUGGUCAGAUGUGACCACCAGCCCUACCCCUGGGGGUGCUGGAGGAGGUCAGCGGGGACCUGGGACACACAUGUCUGAGCCACCACACAACAACAUGCAGGUUUAUGCGUGAAAGAGUCCACCUCCAGUGUAGAGACAUAACUGCCUUUUGUAAAUGCUGCUGAGGAACAAAUGAAGGUCAUCCGGGAGAGAAAUGAAGAAAUCUCUGGAGCCAGCUUCUAGAGGUAGGAAAGAGAAGAUGCUUUUAUUCAGAUAAUGCAAGAGAAGCAAUUUGUCAGUUUCACUGGGUAUCUGCAAGGCUUAUUGAUUAUUCUAAUCUAAUAAUCAAGACAAGCUUAUGGAAAUGCGAGAUGAAUACAAGCCUUGAGUCCAUGUUUACUCUCUUCUAUUUGGAGCAUAAGAUGGAUGCUUACUGAAGCCCAGACAUUCUUGCAGCCUUGACUGUGUUUUAAGCCCUGCGGGCUUCUGCCAUAUCCAUGAGAAGAUUCUACACUAGAGUCCUGUUGGGAAUUGUGCCCUGGAAUUCUGCCUGAAUUGACCUAUGCAUCUUCUCCUCCUUGGACAUUCUUUUGUCUUCAUUUGGUGCUUUCGAUUUUGCACCUCUCCAUGAUUGUAGCCCUUCCAGCAUGUUAUAGGGCAAGACCUUUGUGUUUUUAAUCAUUCCGGCCCAUGAAAGCAACUUUGAUCUCCUUUCCCCUCCUGUCUUCCCAGUAUCUCUUGGAGUCUCACGAGGUUUACUUUGGUAUGGUUCUCAGCAUAAACCUUUCAAGUACGUUUCUUUAGAAAAUGGACAUACUGUAUUAUGUUCUCCUGCAUAUAUCAUUCCUGGAGAGAGAAGGGGAGCAGAAUAUUUUUCUUCCACAAAUUUUGGGGGCAGGAGAUCCCUUCAAGAGGCUACACCUUAAUUUUUCUUGUCUGUGUGCAGGUCUUCAUAUAAACUUUACCAGGAGGAAGGGUAUGAGUCUGUUGUUUUUCUGUGUAUGGACCUGGUCAGUGUGACGUUUUAUCCUUGAUGGUCUAGUUACUAUGACCCUCCCUACUUUUUUAAAACCAGAAAAAGGUUUGGAAUGUUGGAAUGACCAAGCGACAAGCUAACUUGUGCAAGAGCUGGCUACCCACCCACAGGUCCCCUACUUCCUACCAAGCAUUCCAUUGACUGCGUGUAUGGAACAUAUUUGUCCCAGAUCUGAGCACUGUAGGCCUGUUUUACUCACUCACCCAGCAUAUGGAACUAGUCUUAACUGUCGAGCCUUUCCUUUCAUCUCCACAGAAGACACUGUCUCAAAUGUUGUACCCUUGCUCUUUAGGACUGAACUUUCCUUAGCCCAAGGGACCCAUUGACAGUUGUCUUCCUUUUGUCGGAUGAUCAGUCUCUACUUUCUGAUUAUCUUGCUGCUUAAAGACCUGCUCACCAAUCUUUCUUUCACACUUGUGGUCUGAGUUACUGGUAUACCCAGUAUGUUCUCACUGAAGACGUGGACUUUGUGUUUAAGUGCAGGAAAUGGAAAGUUGGACUUGUUUUCUAUGGUCCAAGACAGCCCUAUAAGAAGAUUGGAAAAGGAGGAACUAUAUAGCUGUUUUCUGCUACCAUUUCUUUUCCUCUGAAGCGGCCAUGGCAUUCCCUUUGGCAACUAACAUAGAAACUCAACAGAACGUUUUCCUUUCCUAGAGUCACCUUCUAGAUGAUAAUGGACAACUACAGACUUGCUCAUUGUUCACACUGUGACUGCCCCUCACCUGAACCCACUGUUUGUAUUCAUGCUCUUGGCAGUUUCCUUGACUCUCUUUUAAGGGCAGAAGCAUUUUAGUUAAUAGUAGAAAAAUAAUAGUUUUCUUCCUCUUCUCCUUGGGCCAGUUAAUAAUUGGUCCAUGGCUACACUGCCACUUUUGUCAGGUACUGUGAUGCCCAUGACACCUGCAAAAUAAGUUCUGCCUGGGCAUUUUGUAGCUAUUAACAGGUGAAUUCCUGACUCUUUCGGUUUGAAUGACAGUUCUCAUUCCUUCUGUGGCUGCAAGUAUACAUCAGUGCUUCCCACUUACCUAAUAUGUCUGUUGGUGGCCCCAUAUGGAAACCCUGUGUGUCUGUUAGCAUGAUAGUUUACAAAUGGUUUUUUCAGUCCUAUCCAAAUUUAUUGAACCAACAAAAAUAAUUAGUUCUGCCCUGAGAUAAGCAGAUUAAGUUUGUUCAUUGUCUGCUUUAUUCUCUCCAUGUGGCAACAUUCUGUCAGCCUCUUUCAUAGUGUGCAAACAUUUUACCAUUCUAAAUGGUGACUCUCUGUCCUUGGACCCAUUUAUUAUUCAUAGAUGAGGAAAACCUUUCUGCAUGGACCUCUGUGGACCACAGCAUUCCUGCCCUUUCCUGCCCUCCUGGCCCAGCCCCACUUCUGAAAAUAUCAGCUGCUGAUCCAGCCACUGGAUAUUUUAUAUCCUCUCUUUUCCCUAAGCACGAUGUCAGACCAAAUUGCUUGUUUCUUUUUCUUGGAAUACUUUAAUUUAGAUCCUUUGGGUUUGGAGAAAGGGAAUGUGAAAGCUGUCAUUACAGACAACAGGUUUCAGUGAUGAGGAGGACAACACUGCCUUUCAAACAUUUUACUGAUCUGUUAGAUUUUAAGAACUCUUGAAUUGUGUGGUAUCUAAUAAAAGGGAAGGUAAGAUGGAUAAUCACUUUCUUAUUUGGGUUCUGAAUUGGAGACUCGGUUUUUAUGAGAUACAUCUUUUAUGCCAUGUAUAGAUCCUCCCCUGUUAUUUUUGGUUUAUUUUUAUUUUUAUACAUUCUUUCUUUGACUCCUCUUCUGCCUGCUUUUGGGGAUAGGUUUUUUGUUUGUUUAUUUGCUUCCUCUGUUUUGUUUUAAGCAUCAUUUUCUUAGGUGGGGGAGGCAGAGGUAUGAGGGAAAGAGAGUCUGAGAAUUAAAGAUUUUAGUAUAAGCAAUUGGCUGUGAUGCUGAAAUCCAUUGUAUCAUCUUACUGAAUUUGACAAUUUGUAAUUCUUGCAUAAUAAAGAACCAAAGGUAUAAUGUUUUGUUGAGAGGUGGUUUAGGGAUUUUGGCCCUAACGAAUACAGUGAAUGUAUGAUGACUAUUUGGGAGGAUACAUUUAUGUACCCAGAGGCCCCCACUAAUAACUGGUACUAUGGUUACUUCCUUGUGUACAUUUCUCUUAAAAGUGAUAUUAUAUCUGUUUGUAUGAGAAACCCAAUAACCAAUAAAAUGACCGCAUAUUCCUGACUAAACAUAGUAAGGAAAAUGCACACUUUGUUUUUACUUUUCCGUUUCAUUCUAAAGGUAGUUAAGAUGAAAUUUAUAUGAAAGCAUUUUUAUCACAAAAUAAAAAAGGUUUGCCAAGCUCA